CACUUGGAGUGUAAUAUAAAGCCCGGCUUACAGAUAAAGAACGGAAAAAUCUUGAUUACGCUCGGUCAUCUGAUCGCCCUUGAAAUGGGAAAACUUUUAGUUCGAGCUGCACUGUCAGCAUUUUUGGUCAUCCUGCUGAUCGCAAAAUGCGAUUCGGAGCAGAGGUUCAAGUACGAGAUCAAGGAAUUCCAGGUGCCGCUGGAUCACUUCAGCUUCCUGAUCAACACCACCUUCAACAUUCGGUACUUGUACAACGACUCGUUUGUGGACAAGAGCAAUGCCCGCACUCCGAUCUUCUUUUACACCGGAAACGAGGCGGACAUCGAACUCUUUGCCCAGAAUACCGGAUUCCUAUGGGAGCAGGCGGCGAAACAGAGGGCUCUGGUGAUCUUUGCGGAGCAUCGGUACUACGGAAAAUCGUUGCCCUUCGGCAGUUCCACCUUCAACAGCAGCAUGCCGGAGCACCUGGCCUACUUUACGGUGGAGCAAACGCUGGAGGACUACGCCAUGCUGAUCACUUUCCUGAGGAACGAUCGCCAGAUGCCCGUGGUGGCCUUUGGGGGAUCCUACGGCGGAAUGCUGGCCGCCUGGUUCCGCAUGAAGUACCCGCACUUGGUCACGGGAGCUCUGGCUGCCUCGGCUCCGAUUCUACAGUUUCCUGGGAUUACCGAUUGCGACAUCUUCUACAGGAUUGUGACGUCCGUCUUCCAGAAUGCCUACAACGCCAACUGCACAGUGAACAUCGGCAAGUCGUGGAAACUGUUUGAAACUCUGGGAGGAACCGACGCUGGCAAGAAGCAAAUAUCGGAUGCAUUUCACCUCUGCAAUGCUCUGAAGAGCGAAGACGAUCUGAAGAAGUUCCUGGACUACAUCGAGGAGGUGUACAGCGAUCUGGCCAUGGUGAACUAUCCGUACAACAGCAGCUUCCUGGCUCCACUGCCCGCUUAUCCCGUGAGGCAGGUGUGCUAUUACCUCAAGGAUUUGCACACCACCGAUGCCGAUCUACUCCACGCCAUGUCCAGUGCUCUGGCGGUCUAUACCAACUACACUGGAUCGAGCAAGUGCCUGGAUAUAUCCGUUAGCUCCGUUGUGGAUGAGUCGGGAUGGAGUGUUCAGACCUGCAACCAGAUGGUGAUGCCCUUCUGCUCCAAUGGCACCGAAACCAUGUUCCGUUCUUCCAGCUGGAACUUUAAGGAGUUCGCCGAGAGGUGCUACAAAAACUAUCGCCUAACGCCCAAGCCAUACGACAUUAUUCUGCGUUACGGUGGCAGGAAUCUGGAGGCCGUCACCAAUAUCAUCUUCAGCAACGGUCUGCUGGAUCCGUGGAGUGGUGGCGGCGUGCUGCAGGCUCCCAAUGACAAGGUCUUCGUCAUUAUCCUGCCGGAGGGAGCUCAUCACCUUGAUCUGCGCCACAGCGAUCCGGCUGAUCCGCCUUCAGUGACCGAUGCUCGCGAAGAGGAGGCAGCCAUCAUAGCAAGAUGGAUCCAGGAUUUCUAAAAGAUUAUAUUAAACAUUGAGUUUGAUAAUAUAUAAAGCCAAUUUUAAACCGAACAAUCUUACUUUGAUCUUAUAAAUAUAUAUUCUGAAAUACUUAUUAAAAUAAUAAUAAAAUAAAACUUUUGUAACCAAAA